UCCUCGUUUUUACUUUGUGCAAAAGCAGGAAGCACGUCUUUUUCUUCUCUUUAACUCCUGUUCAGUUGUUGCUAAUUGGUGGGUCACCUCUAAUUUAUCAUCUCCUCUUGUUUCUGAUCAAAAGGCUCUGUUUCUUUGCGAUGGAGUGUGGGAUCGCUUUGGUUGGCGAGAACCUUCUUUCUUCUCUCAUUGGGAUGUUAUCCGAGGAGCUGGCCACCCCUAUGCUGCUGGAGUUUGCUCGCAAGGAACAGGUCCGUGCCCAUCUCAAGAAAUGGGAGACCAUUCUCUUCAAGAUUCAGGCAGUUCUCGAAGACGCAGAGGAGAGGCAAUUCACUGAUCGCGUUGUUAAGAUAUGGCUUGACGAGCUCAAAGACUUGGCCUACGAUAUUGAAGAUGUGCUUGAUGACUUUGCCACUGUAGCUAUGCGUCAAAAGUUCAAGGAAGAGAGUCAAACAAUCAUCAGCAAGAUACGAAAAUACGCUUCUUCCCUUUUUGAUCAUUUUACUUUUAAUUAUAAAAUGGCAUCCAAAAUAAAGGAAAUAACUGCUAGAUUGCAAGAUAUUGUCCAACAAAAAGAUGACCUUGGUUUGAUAGAAAGAAUUGAGGGUAGCCGUGAUAGAGUGCUGCGAAGAACGCCCUCUACUUCUUUGGUGAAUGAAUCUCUUGUUUUUGGUAGGGACAGAGAGAAGGACCUUAUUGUUAAUCAACUUCUGAAGGACGAAUCAUGUGAUGGUGGGAUUUCUGUGAUUCCCAUAGUUGGAAUGGCAGGUUUAGGGAAAACUACUCUUGCCCAGCUCGUCUAUAAUGAUGCCAGAGUUGAUAGUUUCUUUGAAUUGAGAGCUUGGGUUUGUGUUUCUGGGGAAUUUGAUGUUGUUCGAGUGAUGAAAACUCUGUUAGAAUCCAUUACUUCAAGGGCUUCGGAUGUUAAUGACUUGAACGAGCUGCAAGUUAGAGCGAAGACGAAACUGUCUAAGAAGAGAUUUCUCAUAGUUCUAGAUGAUGUUUGGAAUGAGAACUAUAACGAUUGGAUGCUUCUUCGUGGUCCUUUUGAAGUAGGUUCUGCGGAAAGUAAAAUCAUCGUUACAACCCGUCAUCAACGAGUUGCAUCAAUAAUGGGAACUGUUUCUGCUUACCAUUUGGAAGAACUGUCAGAUGAUCAGUGUUUGUCUUUGUUCACACAACAUGCUUUAGGGAGUACAAAUUUUGAUAAUCAUCCAAAUUUGGAAGUAAUUGGUGAGGCAAUUGUGAAAAGGUGUAAAGGCUUGCCAUUGGCUGUGAAAACCCUUGCAGGCCUACUGCGCUGCAAGAUAGAUUAUCGUGAAUGGGAAGAUAUACUGAACAGCAUGAUAUGGGAUUUACCAGAAGAAAAUAGUGAGAUUCUGCCGGCCCUGAGGUUGAGCUACCAUUAUCUUCCUUUUCAUUUGAAACAAUGUUUUGCUUAUUGUUCAAUAUUCCCCAAGGACUAUGAGUUUGACAAGAAUGAAUUAGUUCAGUUAUGGAUUGCGGAAGGCUUUAUCCAUCAACCCAAAGGAUUGAAGCAGGUGGAAGACUUAGGUUCUGAGUAUUUUCAUGAUCUAUUAUCGAGGUCUUUUUUUCAACAAUCAAGUGUUAGCAAAUCAUGUUAUAUGAUGCAUGACCUCAUCAAUGAUUUAGCUCAAUAUGUUGCUGGUGAAGUUUGCUUUAAGUUGGAGGACAGGAUUAAUGGCAAUGGGCAAUGCUAUGUUCCCAAGAGGGCUCGCCACUCCUCAUUCAUUCGCCAGAAGUAUGAUGUCGUCGCAAAAUUUGAAUCCUUCAACAAUAUGAAACGCUUAAGAACAUUCGUAGCAUUACCCGUCUUUGUGCCAGAUCCAGAAGUAGAAUGCUAUUUAUCUAAUACAGUGUUCCAAGACCUUCUGCCUAAACUUGGAUGCUUAAGAGUGCUAUCUUUGAGUGGUUAUUGCAUAAGUGAGCUGCCAGAUUCUAUUGGUGAUCUCAAUCACUUACGAUACCUGAAUCUGUCUCGCACUGGAAUUAGAUGCUUACCUGACUCACUGGGUGCUCUCUGCAAUUUACAGACAUUAAACUUGAGGGGGUGUAAAGAACUUGCUAAAUUGCCUCCAGGAAUGGGGAAUCUAAUCAGCCUUCAUUAUCUUGAUAUUGCUGAUACUGAUAAUAUGACGGAAAUGCCACUGAAUAUAGGUAACUUGAUCAAUCUCAAGAAGCUGUCAAAGUUUACUGUGGAGAAAGGCAAUGGGCGUAGGAUAAGAGAGUUGAAAGGCUUGUCUCAUCUUCAAGGGCAGCUUUCUCUAUUUGAGUUGCAAAAUGUGGCAGAGAUUCGAGACGUAAGGGUUGCCAAUCUAAAGGAGAAAUGUGGACUUGAUGAGAUAGCUAUGAAGUGGAGUAAUGCUCCAAAUGAUAUUCAGAGCAAAGUAGAUGAAUUUGAUGUUCUCGACGUCCUAGAACCCCAUCAAAAUCUAAAGAAGCUCAGUAUAUUGUUUUAUAAAGGAUCAAAGUUCCCUUCUUGGAUUGGGAAUCCUUCAUUUGUUAAUGUAGUGAAAGUAAAUCUCUAUGAUUGUUCGAAAAUCACAUCAUUACCAUCACUUGGGAGAUUACCUUCCCUCAAGGACUUGCACAUUGAGAGAAUGAGUGAAGUAAGCCUGGUGGAUUCUGAAUUUUAUGGGACUAAAUAUUCUGAUAAGCUUUUUCCAUCCUUAAAGACUCUAACAUUUGGAGAAAUGUUGAAGUGGGAGAACUGGACUCAACCUCGGGGGUUUGAAGCUGCAGAAAAAAAAUUCCCCCAUCUUCAUGAGCUUGUGUUGCAGAAUUGUCCUAAGUUGGUAGGAGCUGUGCCCAACCUGCUUACUUCCCUUGUAAAGCUUUCCAUUUGUGAAUGUCCUCAGCUGGCAGCCUCAUUUCUGAGCUUCCCAUCUCUUCGUGAAUUGAAUUUAGAACAAUGUAAUGAGCAGUUUCUUCCAAGGUUCGUAGACCUCACUGCUCUCUCUAGGUUGAAAAUUGAGAACAUUUCAAAUCUCUCUUGCUUACCCGAACACUUCACAUGCUUGGUAUCACUUGAAGUUCUUGAAGUUGAAGAUUGUCCUAGACUGACAUUGCUGUGGCAAAAGGGUGCCAGACUAGAAAACCUUUCUUGUUUGAAGCGUUUGGCAAUUAUCAAGUGUCCUCAACUAUGGAGGUUGAUAGAUGAAGAGGAAGAGGAAGAGGAAGAGCUGCCUUCCAGCCUAGAAUAUCUGGAAAUAGAAGAUUGCACUGAACUGGUAAAGCUUCCAAAUGGGCUACAAAAGCUGAGAUCAUUGAAAGAUUUGAGUGUUAAAUGGUGCCCCAAACUAUUGUCUUUUCCAAAUAGAAGUUUGCCAUCUACGCUAAAAAAUCUGGUAAUUUUGGGAUGUCAGUCUUUAAAGUCUUUACCUGAGGGACUGGUGACCGAUGGUGACAGCAUCAUCACUAGAUGUCAUCUUGAAAACUUGGAGAUUCUGGUAUGUCCAUCUCUCAGAUUGUUUCCUACUGGUGAGUUACCAGCUGCCAUUAAGCACCUUGAGAUUUGGGAUUGUGUUCACUUGGAGUGUAUUCCAGAGAGAUUGCUGCAGAAUAGUAGGUCUCUUGAAUUCAUUCGCAUUGGAAACUGCAAAAAUCUGAAAGCCUUACCUUGGUGCCUGUACAGCUUUGAACAUCUCACUGAGUUGCAUGUAACUCAAUGCUCUUCCUUGGAGAACUUCCCAGAAAGUGGGUUGCCCAUCUAUAAACUCAGAACACUCUUGAUCUCCAACUGUGAGAAUCUCAGGUCCUUACCCAAGCAGAUGCAUGACCUCACAUCUCUGCAAUAUCUAACAGUAUUUGGUUGUCCAGGUGUAAAAUUCUUGCCGGAAGCUGGUUUUCCCCCAAACCUGCUAUCACUUUCUAUAUGGGGUUGCAAGCAACUCAAACUACCCUUUGCAAUGUGGCGCCUGCACAAGCUCACUUCUCUUAAAGACUUAAAUGUUGGUGAUUUUGAUUUGCAUAUGAGUUCCUUCCCAGAAGAGUCUACAAUUCCACAAACUCUUCUCCACCUUCGAGUCCAGAGUUUACCUAAUCUGAUAUCUCUAUCCAAGGGGCUCCAGGACCUGGUUUUUCUUGAAGCAUUAGAUGUUUGGGACUGCCCUAAGCUUCAGUACUUGCCGAACGAUGGCCUGCCUGUCAUGCUGGGUGUACUUGAAAUCAGAAAUUGUCCUCUUCUAGAAAAGCAAUGCUUAGAUGAGAAAGGUGCAUAUUGGCCAAUCCUUUCUCACCUUCCUCGUGUGAGGAUAAAUUAUCACGACAUCCGCUGAACGAGCUUAAGCAGAUUGAAUUCUACCAAAAACGAAAUUCUAAUACGUCCUACUGUUGAACCAGCCUCCAAUUUUGACCUGUGAAGCAACCAAUGGCUAUUAUUUGAUUCGACGCGCUGCAAUUAAGCUUUCUUUGCUACAAAGUUCCCUUCUUGGGUAAGGGAAUCCUUCUUUUGCUAAAACAGAGCAGCUAGACCUCUUGGCUGUAUAAAUUGCUUAUCAUUGCCAUCACUCGGGCAUUACUUAGAAAGUUGAAUAUAAGAGGCAUGCAUGCAGUGAAGAAUUUGGGCACUGAAUUUUACGGAGAGGAUUCUUCUUUUGUUUAGGCUUUUCCAUCUUUGGAGUUCUUGAGGUUUGAGAACAAGCCAGAAUGGAAGGAAUGGAUUUCACCUGUUGCUAAUGUAGAAGUUGUCCCUCUUCUUCGUGAGCUUAUACUGCAUGACUAUCCUAACUCCUAAGUUAGCUGGAAAGUUACCAAGAACAUUUUGUUCUCUGGUAAAACUAGAUGUUCAAAAGUUUCCAUGGUUAAUGAAUUCGCCUUUAGGUAUCUCAUGCUUAGGUGAAUUGACUAUUGAAGAAAGUAGUGACGUAAUCCUUAUAAGUAUGGUUGAUCAUCGUUCCAUCACCAAAUUGAAAAUUUAGAGAAUUUCAGACCUUACCUGCUUAACUGAAGAGCUCGCAAAGGCCUUUGUGAAACUUGAAGUUCUAGAGAUUGAGGGUUGCUGUGAACUUACCUGUUUGUGGCGGAAUGGAUCAGAAUUAGAAAACCUGCCUCGGCUAGAGAGUCUAGUAAUAAAGAAUUGUCCCGAGCUUGUAUCCUUGAUCGGAGAAAAGCAAGGGCUAUGCUGCCUCUCAUCUGUUAAAGAUCUCAGGAUUGAAAGCUGCCAAAAUUUGUUUCCCUGCCAGCAACAGGUUUGCCAAAUACACUAAAGUGCCUUACAGUAUGACUGCAAGGCUCUGAGGUCACUGCCUGACACGUUUGGGAUGAAUGGCUGCAACAUCCACUACAGCCUUCUUGAAGAGUUGUAGGAUGUUCUUCUCUGAAAUCCUUCUUAAAAGGCAAGUUGCCCUACACACUCAAAGAGGUUGAGAAUAGAAAACUGCAGAUAUAUACAAUGUCUUCCGGAUGGACUAGUGCGACGUGAUGAAAAUGAG